AUGGUCAGAGCAGCAGUGCUCAUUUGCUACGGUUGCUUUGUGACUAUUUUGCCACCAGUGCUCAUCGUUGUGGUCGCCUAUGUGUUGGAAAAGAGUCAUUCGGCAGACAAGAGACGUGAGAAGUGCGAGAAGGCCUUUUUCGACGAGUGGUCCCUGUGGGUCUCCUCUGAGACGAAAAUUGAGAAGCUGAGUGACGCUGAUAUCGAGGACUGUAUGGAGAAAGGCGACAACAGUGGGUGUGUUAUUUGCCUUGAGGACUUCGCUGUUGGUGAUGACGUUAGAGUGCUUCCAUGUGGUCAUAAAUUCCACGUCCAGUGCUUCGACUCGUGCUUUGAUCGCCUGCCUUGCAAUCCAGCCUUAGAGUUCCACCAGUGCCCACUGUGCCGCACUCAAUUGGGUCCUAGUUUACCCAAACGUAACCUUACUGGUGGCAUUUCUGAUGAUAUUAUUAUUACCCGUACGUCCAGCGUAUCGGAGGCUAGUACUACUGUUAGUGUUUAG